UCGCGCGCGCGCCCAGGGCCGUAUGCUGCCCAGUCUUCUUCAAGGGCAUCUGCUCCUCAUACGCCGCCGCCGCCAGCAGCUCCCUCACUUACUCCUCCCUCUCUCUCCAGCGACACCGGCCGUGAGCAGCGCACAGCAGCAGCAGCAACAGCAUCGCUCCGUCGCCACUGCGUCUGUCGGGACCGGUCGUGCGCGCGUCUGUACCCUGGCGUGUUUCAGCGCAAAACGCAGCACCGAUCCAACCAAGCGGCCCCCGCGACCAAGGCCUCCGAAACGCCCCCAUUGUGUCUGCACUCGCCCGGCCUGUCCAUUGAGUNUCGUCUCACUGCCGCCGUCCGUCCGCCGCGCCCGCGCCCCAUUGAGCGACACCACCGCCCGACGCCGAAUAGGAUUCCGCCCAUGGUCUUUGGUCGCAUUCCAGCGUCGUCUUUGUUCAACUCGACCGCGAAAUUGCGGCACUCCCGCGUCGAGCAGGACGACAGCGGCCCUCGCCCCUCGACCACCAGCACCUCCACCAUGGCCGUCUCCAUGCUCAACACCCCUUCGCGCGGCUCGACUUCCUCUCAAGGCUCCUCCUUCGUCCCCGUCACGCGCCAGAACACCAUGAGCUCGCAAGAGGGCUCGCGCAGCAUGCGCGCCUCCAAGCGCUAUUCAGUCACCGCGUUGUACCUGUCAAUGAAUGGUCAAAGAGAUCUGGAAAUUGAAGACGACCUGGCAAGAGCUCAAAAGGCCCUACGGGAACUCAAGGGCAAGAUCUCCUCGCAGUCCAAGAAGAACUUUGUUCUGGAAAAGGAUGUGCGCUAUCUGGAUUCACGAAUCGCAUUGCUCGUGCAGAACCGCAUGGCAAUGGAAGAGAAAGAAGAGGUUGCCAGCCAUCUGGACGACUCCCUUGACCUCAGCGAAGGCUCCUUUCCAAAUGACGAAAAGACGCAGAAAUAUGGCAACCUGCUGUUCUUGCUUCAGAGCGAGCCGCGCCACAUUGCUCACCUGUGUCGUCUGGUCACCAUGGCCGAGAUUGACCAACUGUUGCAGACGGUCAUGUUCACAAUCUACGGAAACCAGUACGAGAGCCGCGAAGAGCACCUCCUACUGACCAUGUUUCAGUCUGUUCUGACCUUCCAAUUCGAUAACACACCCGAUUACUCAUCCUUGCUGCGAGCCAACACUCCGGUAUCCCGAAUGAUGACUACGUACACACGGAGAGGGCCCGGACAGAGCUACUUGAAGACUGUGCUCGCGGAGCGGAUAAACUCCUUGAUCGAGAUCAAGGAUCUAGACUUAGAGAUCAACCCUCUCAAGGUCUAUGAGAGCAUGCUGGGCAAGAUUGAAGCCGAUGGUGGCCAGCUGCCAAAGGACCUCCCCAAAGGUAUCACAGCAGAGCAGGCCGCGGAGAACGAGAAUGUGCAGAGGAUCAUUACGCCUCGGAUAGAGAUGCUCAUCGAAAUUGCCAACAGCUUCCUGGACACUAUCAUCGACGGGCUGGAGGAGACGCCGUACGGUAUUCGGUGGAUAUGCAAGCAAAUUCGCAGCUUGACUCGAAGAAAGUACCCAGAUGCUUCAGAGCAGACGAUCUGUACUCUCAUCGGUGGCUUCUUCUUUCUGCGGUUCAUCAACCCGGCCAUUGUAACUCCAAGAUCAUACAUGCUCAUUGAGCAGACACCAGCGGAGAACCCCAAGCGAACGCUCACAUACGUCGCGAAGAUGCUGCAAAACUUGGCGAACAAGCCGAGCUACGCAAAGGAGCCAUAUAUGCAGAGGCUGCAGCCUUUUAUUCAAGGCAACAAGGAGCGCAUCAAUAAGUUCAUGAUGGAUCUGUGUGAGGUUCAGGACUUCUACGAGACACUCGAGAUGGACAAUUACGUCGCGCUUUCCAAGAAAGACCUUGAGUUGUCAAUCACGCUGAACGAGGUGUACGCCAUGCACGCACUGAUUGAGAAGCAUCAAACCGAGCUCGCCAAGGAAGAGACGAGCCAUCUGAAUCAGCUCCUUGCUGAGAUCGGGCCAGCGCCCGCGCAACUCCCCAGGAAGGACAAUCGCGCGAUCAACUUGCCACUCUACAGCAAAUGGGAAACCUCAUUAGAUGACUUCACUGCAGCCCUGGACAUCACACAAGAAGAGGUCUACUUCAUGGAAGCCAAGUCGACCUUUGUCCUCAUUCUUCGUUCGCUUCCUCACAAUUCAGUUGUCUUGCGACGACCUCUCCGAUUGGACCGUGUGGCCGAAGCAGCAGCAACAACGAAGAACGAUUCAGUCAUGGUCCGGAAAGGAAUUCGAGCAAUGGAACUCCUAAACCAGCUAACAGAACUUGGCAUUGUCGACAAAGAUGACAGUUAUGCGCUGCUUCGCGACGAGAUUGAGCAAGAGCUGAUUCACCUGGGUUCGCUGAAGGAGAAGGUCGAGGCCGAGACCGAAAAACUGGGAGAGGUCUUCCGCACUAUCCGCGAUCACAACGCAUACCUCGUCAGUCAACUAGAGACAUACAAGAGCUACUUGCACAAUGUCCGCGGUCAAUCCGAAGGCACAUCGAAACGUGGCCAGACAGCCAAGGUACUCGGCCCAUACAAAUUCACACACCAGGAGCUGGAGAAGCAGGGCGUCAUCCAGAAGAGCAACGUUCCAGAAAACCGAAGAGCCAACAUCUAUUUCAACAUUACAAGUCCGACCCCGGGAACGUUCGUAAUCAGCCUACACUACAAAGGGCGCAACCGUGGCCUGCUCGAGCUGGACUUGAAGCUGGACGACCUGCUAGAAAUGCAAAAGGAGCAGCAAGAAGACCUGGAUCUCGAAUAUGUUCAGUUCAACGUCACCAAAGUGCUACAGCUUCUGAACCGCCGAUUCGCCCGGAAGCGCAACUGAGCACGCCGCUUAUCAUGAAAUGAGAAAUACGACCAAUUUUCAUAUUUCCUUCACAAAAGCGAGCAACCAUUUGGGAAAGAGGAUAUAUCUAUUGUACGAUAAUACUGGGGGAGCGAACUUACGACCUGGAAGAGUCCUCUCGGUACAACAGCACAGCGCAUACGGCGCAAGGGAAACAUUGGCGGGAAAGCGAACGACGAAUAUGGGUUGCGCGUGUGUGAUAUUUUUCAUGUUUAUUCUUUGUGAUACCCGAGGAAGAUGGUGAAAGAGUACGAGGUCUGGGAGAUCAAAGGGGAAGGCAGGCAUAUUGUAUGAGUACUACUAGUAUUUAGGAGUGGAGAUCUUUGGAAGACACGGCAUGACAGUACUAGCUGUAGAUGUUACAGGCAUCAUCGGAG